AUGGCAUAUAACCUCGAUUCCCGAGUGUAUGUACUUAAAGGCGCAGGCUCUAAUGACGGAUAUGUUUGGCUACUUGGUCUCUGUUUGACACAGAGAAAGGACGGGAGGAACCCCAGUGGUCAAAGGGAGCUUCUUGGCCACAGCGACACACAUCCUACAUCAUUAAUGGGUGCUGAGACUCCCGGUGCACACUGCCCAUUCCACGAGCUGCUCAUGCCAUGGUGCCUCAAGGUAAAAGAUGCUCAUGCUUGCGUUUCGGCUCCAUGUGCACACACACACAUGUGCACACACACACCCGCGCAGAGCAGUACAGCAAGUAUACAGGGGCACCCAGUUGCUACACCUAUUUUUGGCAAAAAGAGAGCUUCAAAUGAAAUAAACGAAUUGAUAACUCCGCUCUGCUCGAGGCAGUGCCAUGGGCAAUUCAAAGAACCUGGAAGGGGCCCUCUCUCACCUUUACCUGGGGGCCCCCCCAAAGGGGAGAGAGGGCCCCCAGUAGAGGCGCGCGGCUGCUCUUUGCGGGCUCUUGGCUUGUGGCCUUCCGCCUUGCCUGAGCCUCGUCAAAGGGCGUUUCGCCUCUGCUGCACUGUGCAAAUUCCCAGGGGGGUUGAGGCUAAGCGCGCGCAUGCGGCAGCAGCAGACAGCUGCAACACCAACAGGCUCUCAGAAGCAUCGCGGGUAGCAGCAGCCACAGCUGAAGCAGCUUCAGCAAGAGCAGCACAAGGGCCUGCCUCCGUUCCAACGUUGCAUGCCGCUAAACGCCUCGCGUUUGCCAGCGCUGAGAGGCAGCCGCGACAGCCUUGGAACCACAAACAACGGCCAGCAUCUGAAAGAUUGUCGUUGGAAUGGCACUUGCUAGGCAUUCCCGUCUUUGCAGUGGUUGACUCCACCGGAAGCCCGUUUGUCUUUUCCGAAGAACGCGCACCUCGCAGCAGGAGCAGAAGGACUUACUGGGAUCGCUUGAGAGGAAGAGGCCCCCCCCUGAAGAGUGACCCCCCACGGCUCGUGCAGAAGGGCCUCCUCUUUUUUGAUGCAAAUGAGGCUUUUGCAUACCUCCACCAGCUCCUAAAGACCUCCCCCCACGUGGACGCACGCGUCGCUGUGCUCUCUCUCUCCCGUGUUUUUCCUGAAUUUCGCCGACAGUCGCGCCUCCUUCUGAGGCUUCCGCCCGACGAUGCCUCCCACAAGGCCCCCAUUUUGGAGCAGCGCCAAGAUCACGAGGCCCUUUCCCCCCUCUUUCAGUGGCUUUUUGUGCCCUCUAGACGCGCUACUGUCCACGCUAGGCAGAUACGGCGCGCUCUCGGGGUCCCCCUCUUUUACAGGCGUGAACUCCGCAUUCUGCGGGGAGGGAAGUCAAUUCUUCCGCUUUUCUUCGACCUCGAAGACCUGCAGAGGACUUGGAAAGCAGCAUGCGCUGGGAACGGGGGUGCCAGCAGUUGCUCGAGCAGUAACGAAGGCGAUGACAAGGCGGGCGUGGAGAUUGUGGAUUUCUUGGACUUGCUCCUGAGAGCGGCUCUAGAGCCGCAGUCUGCUGCCUGCGCUCAGGGAGACUUGUCGAACGGCGCUGUGACACCUGGGCAGCAGCACCAGCAGGGGAAGCAGCCUCAGCAGCCACACCUCCUGGGGAAGCUGCUAGAGGAGGGUCUGUGGGGGCUUGUUCCGAGCACUGUGGCGCUGGAGCAGGUAGAGGCCCUAAAGAAGGGUGGCACACGGCCCGCAGUCCUCCACACGUCUCCAGACGACUAA